GAAAAUAGCGUGAUUGCCCCAUAGGCUACUCAGUAUAAGGAAGACAAAAAUUCUUUGGGAACCUACUUAGUGGGUUUGCCUUCCAGAUUUGGUAGACGCAAAAAGCAAAGGGGGAACAUGGGCAAAGGAAGAUUUGAUGAAAAAGAAAACGUGUCUAACUGCAUCCAGUUGAAAACCUCAGUUAUAAAGGGUAUUAAGAACCAAUUGAUAGAGCAAUUUCCAGGUAUUGAACCAUGGCUUAAUCAAAUCAUGCCUAAGAAAGAUCCUGUCAAAAUGGUUCGAUGCCAUGAACAUAUAGAAAUCCUUACAGUAAAUGGAGAAUUACUGUUUUUUAGACAAAGAGAAGGGCCUUUUUAUCCAACCCUAAGGUUACUUCACAAAUAUCCUUUUAUCCUGCCACACCAGCAGGUUGAUAAAGGAGCCAUCAAAUUUGUUCUCAGUGGAGCAAAUAUCAUGUGUCCAGGCUUAACUUCUCCUGGAGCUCAACUUUACCCUGCUGCAGUAGAUACAGUUGUUGCAAUCAUGGCAGAAGGAAAACAGCAUGCUCUGUGUGUUGGAGUCAUGAAGAUGUCUGCAGAAGAUAUUGAGAAAGUCAACAAAGGAAUUGGCAUUGAAAAUAUCCAUUAUUUAAAUGAUGGGCUGUGGCAUAUGAAGACAUAUAAAUGAGCCUCAGAAGGAAUGCACAUGGCUAAAUAUGGAUAUUGUGCUGUAUCUGUGUUUGUGUGUGUGACAGCAUGAAGACAGUACCUCUGUGGUUAUGCUGAAUAAAUUCAACAGAUGCUAAAAUUCUGUUAGCUUCAGAAAUUAUUUUAAUUUUUCUUAAAGUCCAGUUAAAAUUGGGUAGCAAACUUGGACAUUAAGAGGUAUCUGGUAAGUAAUCAAACUCAGACAACUUAAUGUCCUUUCUUAGGCCAAUAAUGUAAAAUUGAAGGGCAGGACUUGGUAGAUGAACCUGCCGACCUCCCAGAGAAUCUGGCUACUUAAUGGGGCUGGAAGCUGGACUGGGAAUUUUCUCCUAUUACCCUAGAAAUGCCUCUUCUCUUCUGUGUGUGUUUUUUGUUUGUUUGGUUGUCAUUUUUAAACUUUUCAUUAUGGAAAAUUCCAAGCAUAUAUAAAAGUACGUGGGGAAUAGUAGUAUAAUGGACCUUUUCUGUAUCUGUCACCCAGCUUCAAUUCAUGGCAAAUCUUACUUCAUCUAUAUCUCAUUUACUCCUUCCCCACCCCACUUCCUGAUUAUUUUGAAGCAAAUCCCAGAUAUCUCAUUUUAUCCACAGUAACUUAAAUAUGUAUCUUUAAAAGCUAAAUUUUUUUAAAAACAUCAUUACACCUAAGAUAUUGUUAUCACACCCCAAAAAAGAACUAUUUCUUAAUAUGAUCAAAUAUCUUGUUUAAAUAUGUGACAAAUGAACUUGAUUGCCUCUCUUUUUCAUUUUUUUAACCAUUGGUUUGCUUGAAAUUGGUACCAGACAAGGUCCAUAUAUUGCAUUUAGUUGUUAUUUAUUUAAGUCUCUUAAUCUAGAAGGUCUCCCUUUGUAUUUUCCCUUUAAAUUAAUUAUUGAAGGAAUCUGGUUGUUUUGUCUUACAGAGUUUUCUCCCACAUUCUGGAUUUUGUUGAUUGUAUCGCUGUAAAGUAAUUUAACUUGUUUUUAUGUCCCCUGUAUGACCUGUACACAGAUAGGCUUGAAGAGAUUCAGGUUCAAUUUAUUUAGUGCCCUGGCCUGAAGCUGGGUAAACUCAUACUACACAGAUGCCCAGAACUUCCAGAUUUGGGUCCUUACUGUAUUCCCCCAAAGAGCGUGUAUGUCCUAUCCUAAGUGGCAUAUGAAGGCCAUGGACUUAUUUCAGUAAGAACAGUAAGUAAGCUCUUUUGGGAGUUAAAGGAGCAGUUAUGAAUUUACAUAGUGACAAUAGGCAUUUCUUCCUAAUAACCUCGCUGUUCUAGUGUCUCAGCCAUUUUCAUUUGGUUGUUUACAAAUAUGUGACAUGUGGUUUUAUUUUUCAGAUGGAUACAGACAUUUACAAGAUUGUGGUGACCUGUGUUACAGUUAGAAGUUGGUGAGAAAGGUUCCUUAAUUUUGAGAAUAUGUCUCUCAAGGCUCUUCAGGAGACUCAAAAUGUUCCAAUUUCUAAAGGAGUAUCCACUAAACCUGAUUUAUAAUGAAAGGAAAAAAAUGAAAAUGCAUGCAUCCUGUGUCACUAUAACCAUCACUUCUGAGGUCUCAAGCAAUCAGAAGCUUACUCAAGCUAUAACCUGUAAGAAUUAGGCCACUGAAAUAUAUUUGGAAAGCCCUUCAGAACACUUGUGUUUAGUAUGUUGUUAAUUGUAUUUAGAUUACAUAUAAUUGUAUUCUUAAUAUCUCAGUCUCUCAGCAACAGUUCCUAAAGAAAUCCUGUCUUUCAACAUGGAGACUGAUGCGUGUAAAUGUAUAUUUUGCAUUAUGUUUUUAUACUUUUGUAUGUAUACUUUAUUAUGCUUUUUGUAGCAGGUAAAAGAAUGACUACCUAUAAUGAACUAUAACACUACUUUGUUUCAUAUUGUAUUAAAACUAAUUAAGUACUUGUAAA